AUGUCUUUCCAGGAUCUCUUUGGAGCCAAGCAUGGAGCCGAAGGUGGUGUACUGUACCACAGGAUUCCUUUUGAAAGCUACACUGAUGAUUGGCAAAACUCAAUGAUAGAGAUAGGCGAUUCUGGCUGGGACGAAUUCUUCUUUCUGUUCUUCCACCCAGACGGCGACUUAUGCGUGGUACCGCCAAACGAAAGGCAGUAUGCUGGCCAACUCGUAAAAGCGACGCCCCUCUCCUCUCCUAUCACUCAGGCACAGGAUUGGUUAGCUAACGCUACGUUAGUUGCCCCGUGUAAUUCUGAUUUUUGGCGGGCAUUUGACGUGUUUGAUUUUCUCUUCUUCGAUCCGGAAGGAAAGCUAUAUGGAGUCGAAGGAAAUAAGUUUUAUUCAGGACCACUCCAAUCAAGCACACAGAAGCAAUGGCUUGAUUCCGCUAAACUGCUUGGAACAAGUGGAUGGUCCUCCUUUGACUUUCUCUUUUUCGAUCCAGAGGGGAUCUUAUACGGUCUGAAGAACGGUCAACUUCAUAAGCGGAGUCCGCCCACAGAUCCGACUGACGACUGGUUUGGAACAUCCGAACUUAUUUGUACGACGGGCUGGAGAGGAUUCUGGUUCCUCUUCUUUAUGUCUAAUGGCGAAUUGUAUGUCGUCACCGAAGAAGGAGAAAACUUGGACAAGGAAAGCUUGUACAAGGGAUUGCCCCCAACUCAGGGCAUGCCCUUUGAUAAGUAG